CCAAAACAAGUCCCAAACCCCUCUCCUCUCCCCUCUCCCCUCUCAACACUUCUCUCCCCGAGCCGCCGCCGGAGAGCAAGAACACGGAGGAGCGAGCGGGUCGUCGAGGGCGAUGGCGGGAGGCGGCAUGUUCGGCGGCGCCGGCGCGUUCUGGGCGACGCGGGCGCUGGAGGUGGUGAAGCGGAACGACUCCCCGGGACUGCUCUGGAAGCGGAUCAAGCUCACCACCACCCGCAAGAACAACGCCAAGAAGCGCCUCAAGCGCCUCUGGCAGAAUGAGGCAGUUAUAAGGGCUUGUGGUGAAGCAGAAUCGUCGUCGUCGUCAACAUCAAACACCGCAUCGGCCUCUGGGAAACAACAGUAGAUCCCAAAGUCAAUCUGAUGACAUGCACACAGGUUUAAAUGCAAUUUGAAAAGGCCUCUGCAUGACAAUGCUGAAAGCCUCUCCAUGUUUCCAAGCUUUGUUACUUCAUCAACUGGAACAAGUACAUGCAUGUACACAUCCAACCUUUUUUCAUCAAGAGGACACAUACAUCAUUGCUUGCUGCCAUAUGCUUCCUCUCCUGCUUACAUCACCCUUUAGCAUCUUCCUCUCCCCACUGAACCCCACAAUUUUUGUGCUUUGCAUCACUUCCCUGAAGCUUCAUAUUUGUCUGUUUGCUUCCAUCCACUAUGCAUCAUGCUUAGAUCAGUGUACUCACAUCUACUGUUAUGCAGAUGCCUCUAUUCUAGAAUUCUAUUCAGCAUUGCAAUAAUGUGGAAACUUGAAAAAAAAUGCAAUGCACCCCCCAUUAUGUCGUUGACGUCA